AUGGCUACCACUGAGACUGCCUCGCCUAUUGGCAUUGCCAAUCUACUGAUCGAUGUCUCCUUUUCUAGCUCCCCAACCAGCGCAAGAAAGCUUACAAGUAGUGCGUGUGUGCAGGUUGCUGGUGAGUCUGGCUUAGGAAAGACUACAUUCAUCAACACGCUUUUUUCGACUACGAUUAAAAACUACGCCGACCACAAAAAGCGACACGCCAAGCAAAUUGAUAAGACUGUUGAAAUUGAGAUCACAAAGGCAGAAUUGGAGGAGAAGUUCUUCAAAGUCCGCCUCACUGUUAUCGACACUCCUGGCUUCGGCGACUAUGUGAACAACCGUGAUUCAUGGCAACCCAUUAUCGAAUUCCUGGACGACCAGCACGAGUCAUAUAUGUUGCAAGAGCAACAACCUCGCCGAACAGAAAAGAUUGACCUGCGUGUCCACGCUUGUCUUUACUUCAUUCGUCCCACCGGCCAUACCUUGAAACCCCUCGAUAUUGAAGUCAUGAAGCGUUUGAGCUCCCGCGUUAACUUGAUUCCUGUGAUUGCCAAGGCCGAUACUCUCAGUCCCUCCGACUUGGCUCGUUUCAAGCAGAGGGUUCGUGCUGUUGUUGCGUCUCAAGGCAUCCAGAUCUAUCAGCCACCAGUGGAAGAGGACGAUGAGCACGCCGCUGCUCAUGCCCGUAGCCUGAUGGCUGCUAUGCCAUUUGCCGUUAUUGGCUCUGAGAAAGACGUGAAGAACAAUGAGGGCAAGGUUGUCAAGGGCCGUCAGUAUGCCUGGGGUGUCGCGGAAGUUGAGAAUGAAGACCACUGCGACUUUAAGAAACUUCGUUCCAUCCUCAUCCGCACUCACAUGCUUGACCUCAUCCACACCACCGAGGAGUCUCAUUACGAAGCCUACCGUGCCCAGCAGAUGGAGACAAGGAAGUUUGGGGAGGCCCGACCUCGCAAGUUGGACAACCCCAAGUUCAAAGAGGAAGAAGAAAACCUGCGCAAGCGCUUUACCGAGCAAGUCAAGGUCGAAGAACAACGAUUCAGACAGUGGGAGCAGAAGCUUAUUUCAGAGCGCGACCGUCUCAACAAGGACUUGGAGGCUACACAUGCCGCUAUCAAACAGCUCGAGCAGGAGAUGGAACAGAUGCAAGGAUCUGCCCGAAGCGGUCGCCGUUGA